AUGGGAAAAGGAGGAUUCGGCAACUCAGCUACAGCUGCAGGUCGUCUUUUGCAAGACACAAUGAUGGCAAGAGUUAAGAAGGAAUUUGAUCGAGACUGUGUUGCGGGGCUAGUGGAUAAGAUUGCUCUAACGCGACCCACCCUCGAACGCGAUUUCAGGAAUGAUAAGGGAGAUGCACACAGUGGGGGAUUUUCGGUUGGUUGCGCACUUCGGGCUGGUUCCAUUCCGGAGCUAGGCAACCACUAUAUGAGAGUUUUCACCGGUGAUUACAUGGUGAAAGCUUCAAUUCUCCAAACUGAACUUGAAGAUAAAAUUGGAGUUUUGAAGUCUUUGGUUAAGGAGGUUGGUGAACUUGAGAAGGAGAUGUGUGGAAUUGAGAACAGUGCUAUGGGUGAAAAGGCUGCCACUGAUGAACAAGUGGAGGAAGAGUAG